AUGGGCCCAGAUCGAGGGAGCGCAAGCAGUGAAGCAAGCACUCGGAAUAUAGAGUUGCCACUCGGGUUUGAAGUAAAACUUGAUUGGCCUCUCCACAAACUUGAUGUCAAGAAUGCCUUUCUACUUGGGGAUCUGUCUGAGACUAUUUAUAUGGCACAACCACUCGGUUUUGAGUCCAAGGGGGAAUGUAGUCAGGUUGAUCACUUUGUGUUCUUUGAAAAGACAACUCAUGGUAUUGUGAUUCUCAUGGUUUAUGUGGAUGAUAUCGUCAUCACUGGUUAUAUUGGGUCUAAACCUAUAGCUACUCCCAUGGAGACUAAUCUUAAGUUAAUGUCUGAAGAUGUUGAUGUUGUUAGUAAAUUUAUGACUCAUCCUCGAGUUCCUCAUAUGAAAGUAGUUGUUCGUAUUUUGAAGUAUCUCAAAAAUGCUCUAGGACGUGGACUUCUCUACAAAUCUUCUGGACAUCUUUGUAUUGAAGGAUAUACAGAUGCUGAUUGA